AUGGCGGACGUUGCCCCACCAAACAAGCCCAAGGUUACUCUCGAUUUCAACCUGCCUCACGGCACGGAUGUCGAGGAAGACACACAGGUCACACCGGUGCCAAUGUAUGCAGCCUAUGAUUCAGGGCCUUUUGACACUCUGAGAGACCACCAUGGUUCGACGACUGAUCUUCAUGGCAUCAGCGAUCGCCAGGACCACAUCAAAACGAGUUCGCAGGACGGGAACGAAGAUGACAUGAAUUAUCGGCAGUUCUCCCCUGGCUUUUCUGAUGACGACGGUGGUCAAGAAGCGUUUGAUCGUUCAUGGCACAGUCACCAGGCCGAGAAGCGAGCCACGAAAGCUGUGAAAGGCAAGAAGUCACCAAGACGCUCCGACGCCGAGGAUGAUUCUGAAUCAAGUGUUCCAGCGAAAAAGCCACGUCAGUCGUUGUUUGGUGAACUCACGGAAGAACUGCGCGAAGAGAAGCAAGUCAGCAACCCUUUUGCGCCUGCGACACCGGAACAUGGUAUCGGCAAUCGCAUGUCCAGCCUCAGCCUUGACCAACAAAUGGGCGAUGAUGGCGACAUCAACAGGUCCAUCACUACAGGCUUUGGUUUUGCAUGCUCUGACAUAGGGAGUGUUCGGGAUUCUCCAGUCCCAUCAGAUGAAGAUUUUCACAUCCCUCCAGACGAUGUGGUCCCCUACCAGUUACGCCAGAACAUUGACCGGAAAAAAGCUUUCACAUAUAUGGACAAUGACAAGUCUGGAAACUGGGAUCCGGAGCAGGAGGCGAAAGUAGGAGCAGCGAAGCGAGCAAAGAAAGAAAAGAGGAAGAAGAAGGGCGAAAGCCCAGGACACAAGAACUACACCAUGAAGUGCAUCGUCAAACUCCCGUUCGAAGCUUUUGGUAAUGUGCGCAACGCCACCAACGAGGAGCAACACUGGCCAGAAGACUGGUCUGAAAUCGAUUCAGAGCAAGAGCGCGAACUCGGCGAGUAUUGGGAGGCGCAUCGAAUCAAUACACCCGACUGCAAACUACAACUGCUUCUGGAGGAUCCCGCUGCUGAGAUUGAUGAUCUCACCGGAAAUCCUGCAGCCCGAGGUUGCAAGGAAUGCCGCAAACUUGUUCAACCUUGCUCAAUGAUCAAAGGCGGUGAAUACCCGUGUGUAGAGUGCGUCGAGGAUGGCAACGAAUGCCAUCCAAUCCAGAAGCCUACCAUCAAGGGCCGGUGCAAGCAGUGUGACCAUACAGAGAUAGAGUCUUGCUCGUUUGAAGAUAAUCCUUCACAAGCAAUCUGCGAUCACUGUGCCGACAACGACUAUGUCUGCGAAGCACUCCCUCUUCCUGGCUAUAAAGCUCAGCGUGUCGAUCUCGACAAGAUCGUCUAUGGCCCAGGCCGACCUUACACGGCCUGCACGGCCUGCCGUUUGCAUAAAAAGCGAUGCAGUCUCAAGGGGAAAGAGGACAAACCGCCAUGCAAGUACUGCAAGAAGAACAAUCUCGGCUGCAAGUUCACCGAGCUACCCACAUACAGUGCUGAGAAGCAAACGAUGAAGAAAAAGAGUUUGCCAGAGAUUAUGCCAGAAGUCGCGAAUCCGAAAUCUGGUUUUUUCACACCUGAAGAUCUAUCAAAGAUGCAUCAACGGAAUGACGUCGUGAUCUCCCACGUACCAUCACUGGAUUUGGAGAUGACUGACGCAGAAGGCAACACAGGCAUGCUCACCACGAUCAACACCUCCUUCGCGCACCCCAUCAGAUUCCAUGUCGAAGGAUCAGCCAGCUCAGACUGCAACUUCUGCGGGCUCCCUGUCUUCGGUAUGGUGGGUUACUACGAGAGAGAAGUCCAUGUUGUUCGUUGGAAUUCAGGCCUUGGCUACACAGAAGUUGGCGGCGGUCACUGUCAGAAUGAGGGGGAGACAGUCAUGUGCUAUGAAUGCACGCAACGCAGACUGCAAAUCAUAAUAUGUCCACGCCAUCGCUUCGAACGCUUGGCCGAUGCAGACAUGGAUUACGAUACUCUCACCGACGAGCUUGCUGGGGCAGAACCUGGGGGAGCCGACAUGCAGUAUCAGCUCCAAAGGUGGUGUUCGAUGUGCUUUUCACCGGCAUCAUGGGGAUGCAAGACUGUACAGACGACGCUGCACGGAGCGAAAGAGGUCGAUAUCGAAGGAUGUCAUCUAAGGCUUUGCGUUGCUUGCCAAGAGGCGCUACGCGUUGAAUUCGAAGAUGAUUUCGAUCGAAUGGCUACUGAGAUGGACGAACGGCCGAAGAUCAGCGAGGCCGACGAGAUCCUUAGGGUUGAGAUUAAGGGAAGGCCGCGAGCAGACGUUGGCUUCCUCACGCAGGGUGGAUUGCUACUGGUAUCGGCUUGA